AUGCUAGGGAGCAUGGCGGUUGCAAAACCAGCCGAAGUCACUGUAAUCAGCAAAGGGAAAGAGGUUUCCGAGCGAGAUGAGGAGUUCGUCUCCGGCCACGUCGAAGACUGGAACCACGGGAAGGCGGAUCUCUACUCGCUCAUUACAUAUAUGCCCGCCUUGAACCACAUGAAGGCGUUUGGCUCUGCACAACUUACAAGGGAACUUCAUUUCGAGCCACGAAUGUCGUUCGCGCACAUGGACUCAUAUACACUGGUAUCUGCUAAGGCCUACUAUUCUGGCGCUAUUUCUCGGGAGCUCAAGAGAAUGUCGCCGGAGGAGGCCGAGCCUUUCCGAAGCGAUGAACAUGCUCUGCCGUUCUCCGGUCUCCUUCAUGUUCCCGCCUUUUCUUUCUGCACCGGUGGCAUUCUUGCGCUAGAACGGAAACCUGCCCUGUUCUGCUACCAUACUCAUUUCGAGGUCGGUGAGAUUACAUACAUGUUUGGUGGCCUACGCUGUGAUCCUGCUGCGAGUUUGAAGAUGAUGGGUAUUCCAAAAAACACAAAGCUUUCCCAAAUUUCGAUCCGCUUGGCGCAAGAGCUUCCACCUUACGUCGACAAGGGCAUAUUCUUGUCUCCCUCAAUGGCCAACAACUUCUCAUUUGUUACGUUCAAUCCAACUAGAGGAACCGUCCACGAGCAUCCUGUGUCACAAAUGAAAGAGGCCGGGCCUUCGAACAUAUGUGACAUGAACGGAACCAGGAUUUCGGAAACUCAGGUUUUCUUCUGUGGAGGUUUCUACGUGAAUAUCGAUAGUGUCACCUAUAAGCCAGAGCUUGACCGUUGGAUAGUGGAGAAAAGCAUUUCUAUGAAUACUAAAGGAUACAUUCUAGACACCCAAAAACUCUCAUUCUCUAAAGUCGAGAUUGUGGCGAAGCUGGAAACAGUGUACCACGGUCAUGUUGGUGCGACUCUAUCCUCCAGUUACUUUCAAAGCUGCCACCCCCAAAACGAUUCCACGUCUCUCAGUUUUGGAAGUGAAAUCAAGAAGCAUGUGACAAACAGCAGCAUUCCUGACAAUUCAAGUAUCAAUGAUGCUCAAAGGGUCAUCAAUGUUGUAAAUGCCGCGAACGUCUCGAACGAGACAAGCACGAAUCCCUUGUCAAGAUCAAACACAAAAACUCCGGAUAACUCGCAAGUCUCUCGCUCGUCCACGUCUUCAUCAACGACUAAAGUUUCAUCUGCUAGACCUGCAAAUGUAACAUCGCCGUCUGCAGUGAACAAAAAGGCUUCAUUACUUUCCAAAUCGAGUCGCUUUUUUCACAGAAACCUGACCAAACAUUCAAAUAAUAGUAAUCAGUCUUCUGUUUACAGUUCGUAUUCAAAUCAAGUCAAGCAGCAUCGCUCAAAGAGUCUGCCAGUCCAAACAGAAAGUCGACCUUCCUCACCUCAAUACAACCAACAGAAAAUUCCCCCAAUUAAGCUUCAUAUCGACACCCAUCAAGAGAAUCACAAAUUCUCUGAUGUUAAUACGCUUCUUAGUGCUCCAGUCAAUAUUUCGUCGACUUUGGCCGAGAAUGCAAUGCAUGAAGACAAGACGGGUUUUCGCUCACCAGCCAUGUCUUUGGCAAGUGAACCAGAUAUUACAUUUAACACAAGCACCAAGUCUGAGGUUCAGUCUGUGUGUGUUUAUACGUUUGGUGGUUUCUAUCUCGUCAAGGACGAAAUAACAGGAGGAAAAAAGUUUGUUGCUAGCAACAAUUUGCUAAAACUAGAAUUAAUUAUAGACGAAACGUCUCUGUCUCAGUUCCAUAAAGAAGCCCUUAUGGUCCGUGUUGCUCCAACUGGUGAUAUCAUUCCUCUGCCUCGUGGUUUCUUUGCUUUCUUUGUUGCAGAUGUAGAUAGCUCAUUUGAAUCUUGCGAGUUAUAUCCACAGGGACUCCAUGAAGACUCGGACACAGAGUCAAUUAGAUCGGCGGAAUCUAGUUCGGAAGUACUUUCGAGUGGGCAAAGAUCAAAUGCUCAACACAGCAAGUAUUGUAGCGGUGAUGUACAAUUGGAUGGAAAGCGCUUGGUGAUUCAUGGUGGAGUGAACGACGAUGGGCAGGUCUUCUCAGAUUUCUUCUCCUACACCUUUAGUACAGGCACUUGGGAAAGGCUAUCGACAUACGCCUUCGAUUAUUUCAACUUACCAAAGGCGCCAUACGAAGAUGAGAUGCUGGAGAAGAUGGGAUACGCAGCGCAGGUUGAAAAUGCUGUUCCAGAAGAGGCUGAGCUCAGGUGCUGCCAUCAUCGUUCAAUGUUGUAUCGCGAGGACGGUAAAGAGCACGUCAUAUUUUGUGGUGGUUUCUCUAACGACUAUCUUCGACACUUUGAUGAGACGCCUUACACAAGUGAUUUACUAGAUGUUUCGCGCUUGGCUCGCUUACUGUUCUCAUCUACCAAUUCCAAUUUGCUUAGGCUUCCAAUCUUGAAUCUCAGCACACAAACAUGGAAAUUCAGUCGUUUUUUCUACGAUCUUCGGGAGGUAAUGACAAGUGAAGCUGGUCAGCUUUUGUCCCAGAAAAGCUAUAUGAAGAACUCUCGAAUCACAUUUGUUGGGGGAGCUUUCCUGAUCGUUGGAAAACAGCUCACCUUUUGUCACGGGUUGGCCGUAUUUGUGCCUGAAAAAGCCGAAGAAUUCAAGAAAAUGAAUGAGGAGCACUCCUCGUGUUCCAUCUUAUUAGGAGGGCACUUCCAUCUCACGUUUCCCGGGAUCUAA